GGGAACGAGCAGGUCCCGAUGCACAAGUCACGGCAUCCCUCGGCGGAGAUGAAGGCGGACUCCGACUGGCUCUGAUUUUUAAAAGCCCUUUUCAUUCAGGACGUUGGUUGCCAAUGGUUAUCGACAUGGCAGAGCCGUUAUCCCAAGCGCCCACCGCUGCAAAAAUGGCGUCACUUAACCGGGUCCGAGUUUUGGCGAUGAUUUUCUUAACUGUCACUGGCUGUUGUGUCACCCCGACAAGUGGCAAGGAAGGGUCCGAGGAGACCGUCAUCAUAGGGCUCCGACUGGAGGACACGGACGACAUUUCCUUCAUGGAUAGGGGCUACCUGCGGGUGAGUGAGCGCUCUCGGGUGAAAUUAAGGGUGUACGGGCUGAACAUCAACAACGAGACCUGGUCCAAAAUUUCUUUCACGGAACACGAGCGGAGCCGGACGGUAGGGAGCCUUGACAGCUCCUCGGGGGAUAACCAGAGCCAAGAGGACUCGUCCGGCUUGCACCCUUGCGGUAUUAGGACUUCGGAUAUAAUUAUAUUGCCCAGCAUCAUCCUGAAUCGAAAGACGACCGGAAUAGUGGAAAUUGAGGUCAAACCGCUGCGAAAGACGGAGAGGAGUAAAUCGUAUUACCUUUGCAUCGCCACCGCGUCCCCGGCCUUGGGCGGGAUGCUCGACCCGUGGACGGAGAACACCUGGAUCUACCACGAUGGGGACGACACCAAAGUGAUCGUGGUGGAGGAGAAAAAGUUUCUGCUCCCCUUCUGGCUCCAGGUCAUCUUCAUCUCCAUGUUGCUUUGCCUGUCGGGUAUGUUCAGCGGGUUGAACCUGGGGCUCAUGGCUCUGGACCCCAUGGAGCUCCAGAUAGUCCAGAACUGCGGCACGGAAAAGGAGAAGAAUUACGCCAAGAAAAUCGAGCCGGUCAGGAGCCAAGGGAAUUACUUGCUUUGCUCGCUUCUGCUCGGCAACGUGUUGGUGAACACCACGCUGACCAUCCUGUUGGAUGAUAUCGCCGGUUCGGGGUUGAUCGCGGUGGUCAUGUCCACCAUUGGAAUAGUCAUUUUUGGGGAAAUCGUGCCCCAGGCCAUCUGCUCCAGACACGGCCUCGCGGUCGGGGCCAACACCAUAUUCCUCACCAAGUUCUUCAUGCUGCUCACUUUCCCUGCCUCCUACCCGGUGAGCAAGCUGCUCGACUACCUCCUGGGACAGGAGAUAGGAACCGUGUACAACCGGGAGAAGCUUCUGGAGAUGCUGCGAGUCACGGACCCCUACAACGACCUGGUGAAGGAGGAGCUGAACAUCAUCCAGGGCGCGCUGGAGCUCAGGACUAAGACGGUGGAGGGCGUGAUGACGCCGCUGAGAGAUUGCUUCAUGAUCCCCGGGGAUGGCACCCUCGACUUUAACACCAUGUCCGAGAUCAUGAAGAGCGGCUACACGCGCAUCCCAGUCUUUGAGGGCGAGAGGUCCAACAUAGUGGAUCUGCUCUUUGUCAAGGACCUGGCGUUUGUGGACCCGGAUGAUUGCACCCCUCUCAAAACCAUCACAAAGUUUUACAGCCACCCCUUACAUUUUGUGUUCAAUGACACCAAGUUGGAUGCAAUGCUGGAGGAGUUUAAAAAAGGAAAAUCCCACCUGGCCAUAGUUCAGAGGGUGAACAAUGAGGGUGAGGGAGACCCUUUCUACGAGGUUCUGGGUAUUGUCACCCUGGAGGACGUUAUUGAAGAAAUCAUCAAGUCAGAGAUCCUGGACGAGACUGACUUGUACACUGACAACAAGACCAAGAAGAAAAUCACCCAUCGUGAAAGAAAGCAGGAUUUCUCGGCCUUCAAACCUACCGACAAUGAAAUGAAGGUUAAAAUAUCACCUCAGCUUCUGCUGGCCACCCUGCGUUUCCUAGCAACAGAAGUCGAGCCGUUCGCACCGGUGCAAAUGUCAGAAAAGAUUCUGCUGCGCUUGCUGAAGCACACACACGUCAUCCAGGAGCUGAAAUACGAUGAGAAGAACAAGCGGGCGGCAGAGCACUACCUCUUCCACAGGAACAAGCCCGUGGAUUAUUUCAUCCUCAUAAUGCAGGGGAAAGUGGAGGUGGAGGCAGGAAAAGAGGGGAUGAAGUUUGAAGCGGGACCAUUCUCCUUCUAUGGGAUGUUGGCUUUGACAGCCUCGCCAGUGCCUCUGUCCCUGUCUCGUACAUUUGUGGUCAGUAGAGCUGAAUCAUUAGCAGGAUCUCCAGAAAAUAAGUCUCCUCCACGGCCGUUUGGACUCAACCACUCCGACUCUCUGAACCGGAGCGAUCGUAUAGACGCCAUCACGCCAACUCUCGGCAGCAGCAACAACCAGCUCAACUCCUUCCUGCAGAUCUAUGUACCUGACUACUCCGUCAGAGCGCGCACAGACCUGCAGUAUAUAAAGGUAACACGCCAACAGUACCAGAACGCUGUCUUGGCGUCACGGAUGGACAAAACACCCCAAUCAACAGACAGUGAGUUCACUAAGAUCGAGCUCACGCUGACGGAGCUCCAUGACGGAGUGGAGACCCCCGCUGUAGUCGUCGUCUCCACCACAGCCAGCACCACCAUCACCACCCCGGCUGUGUCCGUGUCCGUGGCCAACGAGACGUCCCACCUGCUCAACCAGCAGCAGAACUGUGUGGGCCUCAGCAGGAGCAACCACAGUGCCCACAACGAGGGACCCGUCUAGCCACCGCCGAGCCCGGUGGAGACCCAGACCCUCCACCCUGUCUCAUGGACACACACGGAGAGGUGGCAUACACGGAGAUGAGGGAAAGUGGGGAAGCGGAGGCGAGUGGAGUGAGGGUUCUGCUCCAACCAGUAGCCCCCAGUCAGUCAGUGAGACCCUUUCAUGGAGGGGCAGUGGGGAAGACGGGUACUGCGUCACCCUGAACGCCCCCACCUGAACGUUGUCAGAAUCCCUGCUCUACUACACUCUCUUACAGAGGGUGCACUUGGACAGUGCCUGUGACUGAGCUUCUAUUUUGGGACAAUCCGACACUUUCAUAGCGGUGACUUGGACUAGAGGACAACGGAGUGCAUGCAAACCCUGUCCCUUUCUCUCUCACUCACACGCACACACACACGCACACACACACACACGCACACACACGCACACACACACACACACACACACACACACACACACACACACACACACACACAGUCCUAUUCUGACACAGUCACAUUCUCACACGCACACAAAUGCAACUCCCCCACCCGUGCAUCUUUCAGGGAAGCUCAGUCGAAUGUUGAUCCCAUCAACGAGGACUCAAACCCAAACAAGCAGAACGGUUGGUCAAAGACUGCACCAAAAACCGCUUUGGAAGAAACCGUUAAACCACGAACCAAGAAUGUUUUCCUGUAUUUAUUUAUUUUAUAAUAUUGUAUGUAGGCGUGUAUGUAGGCGUGUAUGUAUGCGUGUAUGUAUUAUUUUAUAAUAUUGUAUGUAGGCGUGGAGACAUGAUAUGACAUAAACUGGCAUACAAGCAUGCACGAGCAUGUACACAAAGGUGUGCGUGGGGCACGCGUGUCAUAUCAAAAAAGGACAUGCUACGUAUAUGGAGACAAACAUCCAUUCAUGUAUAUGAGGAGGUGAGGGUCUUUUACAGAUACAGUAUGUAUAUUACAGAUCUUGUUAUUUUUACUAUUAUCCUAAAUCAGGCUUAUGGUACACUAUCUUUUUCACCUUAAAAAAAUCACACUAUUGCCUUUAAGAGAAAUCAUAUAAUUAAUUAUUUUAACAAAGUGCGAUGAACAGCAAUUUAUUUAAGAGAUGAUUAUGAAUUUUUAAAAAUCACUGUAUUAUAAAUUGACAGAUAUAUUUGUAUGUAUAUGUACAUUUGUUUUUUGAAUAAUGCUAAACUGCAGACAUCCACAAGCAAAAUUGUCCUUAGUCAGUCACUCUUUCUCUUUGUCUCUUUCAUGUUUCUGCAUCAUUUGACCUCAAAAAUACGUCUUUAUGUCCAUAUGGGAGUAAUGCUGCCUAGACUUUAAGUGCCAUACCUAUGCAUGUGGAGGUUGUGUGUCUUAUUUUUUUGCCAAUUUUACGCAUAGUCAAACUUGAUAAUUGCACAGUAUUAAUGACCUCAUCUAACAUGUUGAGCAUCAUCAACGUCACAAAAAGUAACCUCGACAUUAAACAUGUCCAUGAAUGAUACACAGCUAUGCUUUUCCACUGUUUAUGUGUGAACCUGUUUUUGUUUUUGAUUUUGCAUUUGUGGUACAUGUGUGUGUCCACAAAACAACGGUUCAGUUCAUAAACACCAUUUUGUUUAAAGUAGUGAAUGUGAAAGAGACUAGACUUUAUUUGUUUUGGCUCCCCACACAUUGCAGAUUGUAAUCCUUGUUUUAAUAAGUCUUGAG